AUGUCGAUAGGAUCAAUGAUGGCUCAGAUUGACCAAAUUGAUGGAGAAGAACAUGCAAUCUACUACUUAAGCAGGAAAUUGCAAGAGUACGAAACCCGCUAUACUCCAAUGGAGAAGACCUGUACCUCUUUAGUCUGGGUGACUAAAAGAUUGAGACAUUACAUGAUCUCACAUCCUAUCAAGCUUGUUUCAAGGAUGGAUCCAAUCAAAUAUCUUUUUGAGAAGCCAGCAUUGACUAGAAGGAUGGCCAGAUGGCUAUUGUUACUGUCAGAAUUUGACAUAACUCAACUACCAGAAGGAGAAUGGAUGAGAUCUAGAUAUGAAGCACUCAAUCUCUUGGAUGAAAAGAGAAUGAAAGCUAUGGAUAACCUCCAGAAAUAUCAGCAAAGGAUGGCUAGAGCAUUCAACAAAGGGGUAGUGAAAAUCUUCAGCAACAACAGAGCUGAAGAAGAAGGUCGGGUUCAAUGCAGAAAGAAUGCAUAUCUCUUUUGUAUGAUUGGGAAAUACCUCUUGACAACUGCAGGAAAAGACAUGUCUCCAAUGAUUGCAGAAGUUGUUAAGUAA